AAAACCGUAAAAAGAAGGCUUCCGGCUUUGCCGAGUGGAUUAGGUAGCGCGGGCGCAGGAGGGAGAAGAGAAAUGGCGGCUUCCGCUUCCGCUUCCGCUCUCCACCUCCGUCUCCUCCCCUCGCCGCCGGCCGCUGUCCAGCCUCAGCAAUGGCGUCUGCGCUCGAGAGUACAAAGGCAGGGUGGUCUGUCUCGAAGGUAUCCGAAAGUCGUGUCCUAUUACGGUCUCACAACCCCACCAUAUAAACUGGAUGCUCUGGAACCUUAUAUGAGCAGGAAGACAAUGGAACUUCACUGGGGAAAGCACCAUCAGGAUUAUGUGGAUGGCUUGAAUAAGCAGCUUGCUACCAGUCCGCUGUAUGGAUACACUCUGGAGGAGCUGAUAAAAGAAGCGUACAACAACGGCAAUCCAUUACCAGAGUAUAAUAAUGCAGCACAGGUCUGGAACCAUCACUUCUUCUGGGAAUCAAUGCAACCAGAAGGUGGUGGCUUACCUGAGGGAGGUGUGUUGCAGCAGAUUGAAAAGGAUUUUGGCUCGUUUACUAAUUUCAGGGAUGAGUUUAUUCGCGCGGCCUUACAACUAUUGGGGUCUGGUUGGGUUUGGCUUGUCUUGAAGAGAGACGAGAGAAUACUUUCAGUAGUUCAUACACGAAAUGCCAUCUCCCCACUUGCUUUUGGCGAUAUUCCAAUCAUCGGCCUAGACUUGUGGGAGCAUGCUUACUACUUGGACUACAAGGAUGAUAGGCGAACAUAUGUUACAAACUUUAUGGACCAUCUCAUCUCUUGGCAUACUGUCACUCUACUCAUGAUGCGUGCUGAGUCUUUUGUGAACCUUGGUGAGCCAAAUAUCCCAGUGGCAUGAGAUAUGGACACAAACUGGUUAUAAUCGUGAGCUACCCUGUGAAAAUGUUGGAUCAAAUCCUACUGGAGGAAGCUGAUAGUUGCAAAGGCUGCAUAAGAUAUGCUCGUCAUAUCCUAAUGUCAUAUACAUGACGAACUUAACGCUAAUCUGAUUAAAGAUUAGCAACUGGGAUUUCACCAUUGCCCUUGACUAUUUCUACGAGGAAGUCAUGAUCCGAUUUCAAGAUAUGCAAAGCAGCUUUAGACACUUGGGGUCAUAUAAAGCAUGGAGUAUGGCCUAUGAUCCAACUUCUGCUUUGAAACCACAGCACUUUCCAUUGGCGGCUAUGCUUCAGAACGAGUGCCCAUAGUGUUGUUAGAAUAGUCUUGACUUUAUGUUUUCAUGACUUAGUCAUGCUAGCUUUCUAAUGUAGCAGAAUUGAACCGUAUUCUUGUUUUGUGGUUGAGGAAUGCAAAUAAUUUGGAAUGUAGGGUAUC